UUUUCUUGUUUGGGUUCUUCUUCCUUUCCCUAUUCGUCUCUUCCCCUCGCGGCGGCGUCGUCACCUAUCCCUUGAACACGCCCCCAGGCCCCCUUUCCACCGCAGACCGCAACACUCCUCCUGGAAGCAAUCCUUCUCCCAUACUCGUCGCCGUGGUCGCUCUCCUCUGCUCCAAUUGACCAGCGGAGACUGGAGAUCCAUCCGGAGCUGCAUUCAUUUCUUUUGCUGGUGACGAACCCUAACCCGCCUGGAUUGUUUCCAGUUCUGGUUGUGCAAGACAGUUAAGUGAGGUGAAGGUUCCCAAGGGCAGGAUGCGGUUCGCGGUGAAAAAAAUGUGCGCUGGUGGGGCGAAGGCUCGUGCAGGGUUGCUUCAGAUUGGAAGCAGCAGUGUCGAGACGCCAGCGCUGCUUUUGUCAACACGCAAGGGGUUGCCGGCGUUUAUGUCCUGUGACCUCCUUUCCUCUCUUCCCCUUCCCGACUCCCUCCUCCUCAAUGUCUGCCCAACCCACUUUAUAGAGGGCCCUCCAUCAAAAACAUUAUCAAAUAUUGGUGGUUUGCAUCGUAUGCUGGGCCUGCCUGAUCAUAUCCUCGUAGCUACAGCUGGUGAGCCUAUCGAAAGUUUACCAUCAAGUGAAGCCAGCAAUAAGUUUGGUGCCUCUUUUGAAACACCAUCAGGCCGUAAACUGGUGAAACCAUCAGAUUAUAUGGAGCUGAUUUCUAGCAUGAAACCUGAUUUGUGGGCAAGCUUGGCAGAUGAGGUUCCAGCCUGGGUUAAUGAGAAACGAAAUAAAACAUCUGUUGACCGAACAUUGCGCUGGCUUGAUGCAUGUAUUGCUUUGGACGCGGCUGUUGGAGCAAACGGUUUAGGCGUAGUUGUCGGGGGAUCCAGUAUCGAACAACGAAAACUAUGUGCCACUGAAGUGUCAAAGAGGAAUGUAUCAGGCUUUUGGAUUGGAGGGUUUGGCCUUGGAGAGAGCGUUGAAGAACGUUGCAAUUUGCUUAAUGCAGUAACAGAUUGCUUGCCAUCGGAGAAACCUCGGAUUGUAUCUAGGCUUGGUCUUCCAGAGGAGGUCCUUGAGGGUGUGGCCUCUGGCAUCGACCUUUUUGACUCCACGUACAUUUACCAACUUACGAUGGGUGGUUUUGCAUUGAUCUUCCCUGUUGACAUGGUUGAAAGAGAGAUGCAGAAUGGUGUAGUCGACAGUAGUGCUGGAGAUUCUACAAAGAUUAACCUGCGUGCAACAACAUAUCGGAAAGACACGUCACGGAUAGUUGAUAGCUGUACCUGCUUCACAUGUCAGAAUCACACCCGUGCUUACCUCAAUCAUUUGCUCAAUGUCCAUGAGAUGUUGGCUCAGAUUCUACUGGAGAUACAUAACACCCAUCACUAUCUUCGUUUUUUCCGGUCAAUACGAGAGGCCAUCAAAGAUGGAGAGUUUGAUCUCUUCUGGAAGCAGUUUGUUGAAAAUAGACGCUCCCAGAUUGCUGCUGCUGUGUUGUAGAUCUUAUCCGUACAUGAUCUGUCGAACUGCGGUUUGCUGCUUCAACAAUUUUAAGGUGCAUGACUAACAAAACGAGGAAAAAUGCUCAAGGGAGGCUUACCAUGAAAUUUUGCUAUGCAUGUGAACUAUUAAGCACAGUUCAUUUCUCUGAAAAACGGAAAGAAGAGAUGGCUAUAUUGUAUUCAGUGGUUGGAUGUGGGGUCAAAUUUUCUUGGUGUAUAAGAAUGACACAUGAAUGGACAUUAUCCAGACAUGAGAUGGAAUGAAUGUCGUUUGUUGAUAAA